AUGGCUGGCCUGGUCCCCGAGGAGCAAAGUGAAGAUGCAGGCAUUUUCCAGAAGCUUUUCGCUCUCAUUGACUCAGGGAAAGAGGCUGAUGUUCUCGCAAGCCUCGAUCAACAUUUUGGAGGCAAUCCCAACGUUGCGGAUGAAGCAGCCGGAACAACGCCCUUGCUGGUUGCAACAAGGGAAGGCAAAACGGAGAUCGUCCAAGCAUUGAUGGGCAAGAGAGCAGAUCUGAUGAUGGCGGAUCUGGAUGGCGACAACCCACUGAUGGUUGCUAUCUCCCAGGGGCACAAUCACAUCGUGAAGAGCUUUCUGCAUGCAGAUCGAGGCGUCGACGUGGAUGUGCCGAACAAGAUUGGCCAAACUCCGUUGAUGAAAGCUGCGAACAAGGCCAAUGUCGAGUGUGUCAAGAUGCUGCUUGAGUGUAGAAGCAAUCCAAACGCAAAGACCAAGUUUGGCAAGACGGCACUCAUGCAGGCUGCCGAGAAGAACAGCCUGGAAUCUGUAAGGGCACUGCUGAGUGCUGGCGCAGACAUUGCCAUGGCGGACGACAGGGGCUUCACUGCAUUGUUCCCGGCGGCUUUCCGCUGCGAAGUGCCCAUGUUGGAGCUGCUGCUGUCUUCGAAAGCAGACGUCGCCACAAAAGCAAAGCCUGGAACGGCGCUCAUGAUGGCGGUGGAGUCGCCUUCUUUCAAGCCGGAUGCCAUAACCCUGCUUCUGAAACACGGCUGCCCUCUUGACGAAGUGGCUUCGGAUGGGGACACUGCCUUGAUGAAGGCGGUCGAGGAAGCCAAUGCAAGACCCUUAGCGAGAUGUUGCAGCAUGUAA